AUGGCGCAACCAAGAGUCCUCAUCUGCGGCGCUGGCAUCGCCGGCCAAGCCCUUGCAUUCUGGCUCUCAAAAUCACAUUUCAACGUCACAGUCAUCGAGUGCUUCUCCGGCCUACGCUCCACAGGCCUUCAGCUUGACCUACGCGGACUUGGCAUCGAAGUCAUGAGGCGCAUGGGUCUAGAGGAGGCAUUCCGGGCAAAAUCCGUCAGAGAACAAGGCUUGGAAAUUGUUGACACUUACGACAAACGAUGGGCAUAUUUCCCAGCGAACAAGAGUGGCAAAGGCCUUCAGGGAUUUACCACCGACUUCGAGAUUAUGCGAAAAGACCUCUGCGAGAUCUUGCAUGAAUCGACUAAGCCCCGGGUCAAGUACGCAUUUGGCACUACUAUCGAAAGCUUCACGCAACAUGACAAUGUUGUUGAUGUCAUCUUUUCAGACGGAAACAAGGAUCAAUUCGAUCUCAUCGUCGGCGCUGACGGCCAGGCAUCGCGCACUCGAAAGGCCAUGCUCGGGGCUGAUGCUGAGGAUCCUACUCACUACCUGGGUGCCUAUAUCGCCUACUUUACCAUUCCUCAGCCAGUCGAAAAGGGAAAAGACUACAAUGCUCGGUUCUAUCUUGCCACCGGAAAGCGCUUCAUCUUCACCAGGCGCAACGAAGAUUUCAGGGUCCAGAUUUACAUGGCUUACAAGACCGACACAGAGUGGAUGAAGGAUAUCCGCAAGGGUGAUACUGGGAGGGAGAAACAUGCGUUUUUGGACAUGUUCAAGGGGGCAGGAUGGAAAACAGAUACCAUACUGAAGGAGAUGAUGGCCACAGAUGACUUCUACUGCGAGCGCCUCGGCGUUGUUGAGCUCGAUGCCUGGUCUGACGGUCGUGUAGCUCUUGUCGGCGACGCUGCUUUUUGCCCUUCAGCAUCUACAGGCAUGGGAACAACAUCAAGCAUGGUGGGAGCCUAUGUCCUGGCUGGAGAACUCGACAAGCACUGCCGCGAAUCUGGAAAGCGUGGUAUUCCAACGGCACUCAAGGCUUACGAUGAAACGUUCCGACCCUUCAUGAAUCAGGUCCAGCGAGGCUUGACCCAAGGCGAUUCUUUCUGGGGGAGACUGCCGACCUCCUCGUUUGGUGUCACUGUUGCCAACGUCUUCAUGUGGUUGGCCAUGUUGUUGAGGUUGGAUGUCAUUGGCAAAAGAGUUCUCCGAGAGGAUGUCGGGACAUGGAAACUUCCAGACUAUGAGACGAUGGUAAAGGGGACUGAGUAG